CGCUGACUUUCUAUGCUAUAUUCCACGACGUUUUCAUUACCAUUCACUUUGUACUGUAAAGUCGCCGUGUGUAAGUCGAGCCCGGUAGUGAACAUUAAGAUUCCAUUCAAACAACUUGAAGAGAGCGUAUUCUCCUCCCAAAGAAAAUAAAUUGAAAUAUUUUCUAUUUAAACAAAUAAUUUCCACAAAAAUGAAAUACUUUUGGAUAAUUUCCCUGCUAGUGCUUCCAUCGUUGAUUUCUUUAUUUGAUAAUGACAACAAAUUGUUUGCGUAUGCAACGGAAGCAGCUGAAGCCGAAGAUGAUAUAAUUGAUGUUGAAUCCGAUGAAGGUGCAACAACAACCGAAUAUGAAGAAGAUAACUCUGGAUCAACAACAUCGCCGGAUGCUGAUACUUAUCUACUGUUCACGAAGCCAUUGCAUGUUCCAGGCAAUCAAUUCGAUUUGCCAGGCGGACAACCUGUUGAAUUCCUCGUCGGAUUCUUGAACAAGGGUCUCGAUGAAUUCGUCGUAGAAAGUGUUGAAGCAUCGUUCCGCUAUCCAAUGGACUUCAACUACUUUAUUCAAAACUUUUCGGCCAUUUCAUACAAUCGUGAAGUGAAAUCAAACCACGAAGCUACCGUAUCUUACUCAUUUUUGCCAUCUGAAUCGUUUGCCGGACGUCCAUUCGGAUUGAACAUUGCCCUCAACUAUCGCGAUUCAAACGGUGCUCGUUUCUCCGAAUCCGUAUUCAAUGAAACCGUUCAAAUCACCGAAGUCGAUGAAGGUCUUGAUGGCGAAACUUUCUUCUUGUACGUGUUCUUGGCCGCCAUCGUUGUCUUACUCCUUGUGUUGGGACAACAAUUCCUUGCUGGUUCAGUCGGUAGACGUAAGCGUGCCCAUGUUGCCCGUAAAGCCAUCGAAACUGGUACAUCAAACUCAAGCGAUGUCGACUAUGAAUGGUUGCCACAAGAAACAUUGAAAAUCAUUCAACAAUCACCGAAAUCAAAGAAAUCGCCAAACUCACCAAACGGCAAGGUUUCAGCUAAACAAAGCCCAAAGUCAAACCCAUCAAGUCCAAGACAGCGCAAAUAAUUCAUCAAAUCACCAGUUUGAUUUACCUCAUCUAGAAUUUAGCCAAUUCAAUUGUUGUGGCGUGUGUUUACAAGAAAGAGACUGAGAGUUUGAAUGAGUGCAUUAUGUUUCUUUUUUCGAUACACAAAUUGCUAUAUAUGUAUAUUCACACAUAAACUCGAUAACUUACUCUUAUUUCAUUACCUGCCAUAGAACAUUGGAAGAAAAACCGCUUUUUUUUUUACAUAACUACACUUUGUGGUCACACCAUCAUACAUCUGUUUGACAAAAUUGUAAUGAUUUGUAUGAAUGUAUUCGUGUGAAUGUUGUAUGUUUGGAAAUCCUCAUGAAAAUCUUGUAAAUUCAAAUCACAAAAAUAUCGAAUAAAGAGAACACAAACACUCUCACUUAAUUAACUUAAAAGAGAUUCGUUUCGUUUUGGAAAUUAAAUAAAAACAACCAAUAAAAUCUUUUUACUAAAAAAAAA